UAGUUUGCCGUCAGUUGGUUGCGAUCUUUUGGCAAGUGAGCGAGUUUCGUGAGUUUAUAUUAAUUACAUACGUACCUACAAACAAAAAAAUUUAAACUGAAACCGGUGUCGCUUUCAUCAUCGAUGUUGAAAACUUAAAAUUUUGUGACCGUGAAGAAGCAUUGCAAGCAUACAUACAUAUGUAUAUUUUGUUGAGUGUACUUUUUUUGAAUUUAACCAUAUCAAGAACUAAUUGAAAGUUGAUCAAUAACAACUACACCAACAACAACGAAAACUGGAUUAACAAAUUUACUAGAAAUGGUUUCUGGCAGGACGAAUAAAACUGGAGUGAAAUUAGAUCCCUAACUGCAACAGAAACUGUGGAACUUGGCAACUGUCCAUAUCUUUGGUGUUGGGGCAACAUUUUAAUUAAAAAAGUUUUCUGGCUGAAGCAAACGUCUCACAAAUAUGACUGUCAAAUUGGCCAAACUCUUUGGCAGAAGCAGCAGCAGCAAAUCCAACAGCAACAGCGCUGGCAAUGAAACUGACAGUGUCGUUGGUAAUAGUUUCCAUCAUGGUCACAGUGGACACAAUUUACAACAGCAGCCGCCGCCACCCAACGCAAACAUGAAGCUUAUCAAGUACUACGAUCAUCAUCUUGAUCAGCCAACAACAGCGAUGACCAUCUAUGGACACAGCUACGGAUGCAGCAACGAUGAGCUUGUUGACGACUACGACGACAACACGUUGCUAAAUUCGAGAUGCAUGCAACGUAAUCAUCCAUACAACAACUCACAGCGUCCACUGCUUGGCGAUUGUCGUCCUCAGCUCAUGCUGGUAAUGGCUGGUGGAAAGAACAAACAGUCAACAACAACAACAUCAGCUACACCAAUGGCAGGCAUACCACCGCCAGCGCCACCUUUGCCACCGCAGCGUAAUGUCACCGAUGCCACCGGUAGCGCUUACGUAUCGCCCUAUGUACAGCAACAGAAGCGCGAUAGCGUUAAGGGAUUACACGGCUUCAACGACUUCGAUGCGCUCUCUCAACAAUACAACCAACAUCUGCAGGGUGCCCACAUUGGAUAUCCGUAUGGUAGCCCGCCAUCGCCAACAGUCCAGGUGCAGUCCAGUGACUUUUGUUUCGACAGUCGGCAGCAGGAGCGAAAGCAGUCCUUAAAGGCAAUCUCAUCCUCCACCAGCUCGACGGCUACAACGAAAUCGAAUUGUAGUUCCAACUCUGCAGCAAAUGGUUCACCGCCACCGCGUUAUGGCAAUGUUAGCUAUCAAAAUGCUGAUUAUUACCUGGAACAACAACUUACACAAUCGCAAAGUCACACACAUUGCCUGCCACACUCGUCGUCACGUUUUGAGGAUGACUUUUGCACGCGUCGCAAUGUGAAUUUUGUAGGCAGUCAAGCGGGGACUGUUCCUACUGUUUCAUCGACCGGACCGUUCAUCUUUGGCAUCUCACACGAAGAACAGCAAACGGUUUAUGGACUUCGUCGCCAUUGCAGUAUCAGUAGCGUUAACAGCACCACCAACAACAUCAAGAACAUUCUCAACCAAACUGUGAUAAACGUCACGCCCAUCAAGGAGCACAAAGCUUUGCAAAAAUCGCUGAGCGAUACAAGCGCGGACAGCGGCAAAGGAGGAAAAUUUUUACUGCGAAAACAUAAAUCGCGCAAGACAGCGGCAACAGCAGCAGCAGAAGGAGUGUCAAAUGCUGUAGCGAAUGGCGAGCACAAAAAAAAACAAGGCUCGCCUUCAAUAAAAUGUGUACUGGUUGGGGAUGGCGCCGUUGGGAAAACCAAUUUGAUCUUGUCAUACCUGGAGAAUCGAUUCAAUCCGCAGCAUGUGCCCACGGCAUCAGAUAUUUAUAACGCUGAUGUAAAUGUGAAUGACAAUCCCGUACAUUUGACACUCUGUGAUACCGCCGGUCAGGACACAUUGGAUCCAUUGAGGGAGCUAUGUUAUCCGGAUAGCGAUGUCUUUCUGCUGUGCUUUUCGGUAGUAAAGCCUGAAUCGUUUGAGUCGAUUAAAUCGAAAUGGGCCCCCAAAUUUACCAAAACAAAGGUGGCUCUUAUUCUAGUUGGCACCCAAGCUGAUUUGAGAAGUAAUUCGAAUAUGCUGAACAAAUUGCAGACAAAUGGUGAGAAGCCAAUUUCAUAUGCAGACGCCUGGGAUUUGGCAACUAAUAUUGGCGCCAAAUACAUUGAGACUUCGUCAGCCACUCAGGACAAAGUCAAGGAUGUGUUUGAUGCAGCUAUCUGGGAGGGAUUAGUUCCCACAAUAUUACCGCCCACACCCUCGUUCUGGAGAAAGCUUUUCUGCCUGGCCUGAACCGUCAUUAUUAAAUAGCUCGAAGAAAAUUCUUAAACAAAUACAUAUAUAAUCGUAUAUAUUUACAUAUAUUUUUUAUUGAUAUUUAUAUUUAUACAUACACGUAGAUAUACAAAUUAUUGUAACCAUAAGUAAUUAGGUACUUAAUACUUAAUCGUACAACUACUUUUUUGUAUACAAGGGCUAUUAUUAAUUUACACAUGCACUCACUGACUGAUCCAUAAUUAAAUAUACAUAUAUAAUAAAUAGAAGAAGCAUAAGAAGAUGAAAUGAUAUUUAGACGGUAUUAUACAAAAAUUAUUUAACGAACACCCAAUUUGUAAACAUGUAAAAAAGAAGUCAGCUAAAUAGAAAAGGUGCUAACGGCUAGUAAAA